AUGGCAGUGAGAAGUAGCAAUGACUUUCAGCUUGUUAUUCCUGAAAGAGGUGAAAGAGUUAAGAUUAAUGCAGGAUCUACUCUCACUGUGUCGUGCCACUUGUCUCCUGCACUCAGUGCCGUAGACAUGGAGAUUACUUGGUUUAAUAAGGCAUUUUGUGUUUGCACCUAUAAGAACCGAGAGAAGAUUGGCUAUGAGGGCAGAGCGAGUCUGUUCAUUCAUGACCUGCCGAGAGGGAAUGUGUCUUUAAGAGUGGCAGACUUCAGAGAGUCAGAUCUGGGAGUUUACAUAUGCCAGGUCACCAGUAAAAAUAAAACACAGCAGAUAACAGUAAAUGUAGCAGAAGAAGUCUCUGACAUUUCUAAGGACAAGCGCUUCGUUACAGUGGAUUACAAUGAUAAAAGAAACGAGAACUUUCAGCUUGUUGUUCAUAGUACAACACCAGAGUUUUCUUUGGGGUCUGAUUUGAUUAUUCCAUGUCAUUUGUCUCCUGAAAUCAGUGCUGUUGACAUGGAGAUCAGUUGGUCUAACGAUACAGCCCGUGUUUGCCUGAAUAAGGACAGGCAGGUGACAGAAGGGGUUUUGUUCAAGGACAGAGCGAGUUCAUUCACUCACAAGCUUAGGGAAGGAAAUGUGUCCUUACAACUGAAAAACUUCAGGCUGUCAGAUAUCGGAAAUUACCAUUGUCAGGUCAUCAGUAAAGACAGAAGAGAGAAGAUAACAGUAAGAAUGAGGAUAAAUCCUGGUGUCCCAACAUGUAAGUCAGUCACUGAUAUACGAAGAUCGAAAUUAUUGCCAAUUAAUGCAACAUGA